AGUUCCCUAGCUCAAGCCGCCGUCGCCGCUGCCUGUGUAGUUGCAGCCGCGGCCGUCUCCCGCCAGCUCGCUCCGGGGAAAGAGAACGCGCGCGAGCCCGGGCGUCCCCGCCCCAGCCUUUCCUGGAACCAUGAAUCCCAAUUGCGCCCGGUGCGGCAAGAUCGUCUACCCCACGGAGAAGGUGAACUGUCUGGAUAAGUUCUGGCAUAAAGCAUGCUUCCAUUGCGAGACCUGCAAGAUGACACUCAACAUGAAGAACUACAAGGGCUACGAGAAGAAGCCCUACUGCAACGCACACUACCCCAAGCAGUCCUUCACCAUGGUGGCUGACACUCCGGAAAACCUCCGCCUCAAGCAACAGAGCGAGCUCCAGAGUCAGGUGCGCUACAAGGAGGAGUUUGAGAAGAACAAGGGCAAAGGCUUCAGCGUGGUGGCAGACACACCCGAACUCCAGAGAAUCAAGAAGACCCAGGACCAGAUCAGUAAUAUAAAAUACCACGAGGAGUUUGAGAAGAGCCGCAUGGGCCCCAGCGGGGGUGAGGGCAUGGAGCCCGAGCGCCGGGAUUCCCAGGACAGUAGCAGCUACCGGAGACCCCAGGAGCAGCAACAGCCUCACCACAUCCCGACCAGUGCCCCAGUUUACCAGCAGCCCCAGCAGCAGCAGGUGGCCUCGUCCUAUGGUGGCUACAAGGAGCCUGCAGCCCCCGUCUCCAUACAGCGCAGCGCCCCAGGCGGGGGCGGGAAGCGGUACCGCGCUGUGUAUGACUACAGCGCCGCCGACGAGGACGAGGUCUCCUUCCAGGACGGGGAUACCAUCGUCAACGUGCAGCAGAUCGAUGACGGCUGGAUGUACGGGACCGUGGAGCGCACUGGUGACACGGGGAUGCUGCCGGCCAACUACGUGGAGGCCAUCUGAGCCCGCUGGGCACCACCCUGCCCCAUCCUUCUUCAGUGCAUUCCACAGCAUCACAUCUGUCCUGGGCGUGACCUGUCCACCCUUCAGUGUCUCUGUGUUUUUUAAAUCUGCGACAGCUUGUUUCUUCCCACCCUCCUUCCAGCUUCUUUUGCCAACUGAAGCUUGUUCUGCCACUUUCAUGGGCUCCUUCCUCUGGCAGGUUUUCCCCUUGACGAACUUCUUGUUUUCCUCUCUGGAUGGAACAGGUGUGGACCUUUCUAGGGGAGGCCGGGGCCCAUGCGGCUGACCUGGAGUGGGAGACUCAUUGGCUCCCAGGCCUCUGCCUUCUCCUUUUUGGCCACCUCAGACCCUCCCGCCCAUCUCCUCACACACCCAAACAUUCCAGGGCUGGGGUGAACCCCAGACCCGCAGGACUCCCGGGGGAGGGGCUCCAUGCAUUCCUGGGAGUGGGGCCCCUGGGAUGGGGGACUGCUAGUGUGUAGGCACCAGUAAGAAGGCUUUGCUUCUCAAAGAUGGGGCUGCUGGCGCUCUGAGGGGUCCCCUCCCCACCCUCUCCCCUUCUCAAAGACAACAAAGGAGGAUAAAGUUCCCACUUUGGGGUUCAUUCAUGCUCCCCACAUGUGUUCCUCCUCACACUGUGAUUUUGUUCUCCUGCCCACACAGACCCGGGGUGGGCUAGGAGUUCCCCAGGAAGCACGGCUUGGGUCAAGUGCUGGCCUUUCUUACUUUUAGGGACAGCUGCAGGAAGGAAGGGAACAGGGUGUUCCCUCCCAUUGCCCCUUGUUUCCUCAUUCUCAUCCCCAGCCUCCAGGGACCCUGGCUUGCCUCCUUGGCUGGAAGCCAAGAUCCUGAAAGAUGGAGCAAGGAAGCCUCAGGCCUCUUGGCCUUGGAGGCCCAGCCCCCUGAGAUCUGGGCUGGGUGGGCCAGUCCUCUCUACUCAUGUCCUCCCUUCCCCGGCCCGCCCCCAAGUGCACCAGAACUGUGCACAGCCGCCGGACGCUCUGUAUCUCCAGGACUCACUGAGUGGGAGAAGUGUCUGCAGGUGUGUCCGCUGGUGUGCGCAUGAGCGAAGGGGCAGGGUGCAGCCUGCAGAAGUCUCUGGGCUUGUGUGAGGGUCCACAAAACUGUUUUCCCUGAUAUUUUCCUUAAAACCCACAUUGAGGAGUCGGGGGAGGCCCUAAGGGAGAGAAAUUCCUUGUGUUUUCUUUGGAAUGAAAAUUUCUCCUCUGUCUCCAAAUGAAGAAAGCCCACCUACCCCUCUUGCAGUGUGCUGGGAAGACGUAAGGGGAUGAUUGAAGAUGGGUGGGAACUGGUAUUACAGCCUGCAGGGGAAGGGGAAGGGGAAGGCUUUGUGGCUCCAGGCAUAUUCUCUCCGCCAUCUCUGUGUCCUGUGCUGCAUAGUGGGGGCCAGAGGACCCUGUGUUACCCACACUGUGGGUGCCUUACUCUGGGGGCUUCCCCCCCAGGCUUCUCCCUCACUACCUAAAGCCCCCUUGAGGUGUUGGGAGAGGGUCCCAGGGCUACAAAACUGGAAGCACAGACCCCAGGAUGAGGAAGGGAAAGAUGGUGCUAUCUCCAAGUCCCUUCUGUCCCUUGCUGGUGGCUGUGACAACUUUUGUCUGGCUUUAUUCAUCUCUAGGCUUUCUCCCAGAGUCCGCUCAGGCCCCAUAGCUGACAUCUCUGCAUCCUUGUUCCCUGUGGUGGUGGCUGCAGGCAUAAUGAACAAGUCCUCUCUGCUUGUGAGUUUAGUUGGGAAUAUUUACCCCAAAUCAAAGAGCUGAGGAAAUGACUGUGGGAGGAGGAGCCCCUGCCUGACCAAUCCCUUUUCCUGCUUGGCUCCAGGGGGCAGAUGAAGGGCCUCAGACUGGGCCAUUUGGGUGAUGAGAGCAAUAUUGGAAGCCUUGGGAGAGGUGCUGGUCCAUUCCAUUUCCUCUUGAUUUCAAAGCACAACAUAGAUUCUGGGACCAAAGUCCAGAGACACAGGCUGUUGGAGGACCUGUGGUUUGGAGGGUGGUAAGAGAGUGGGAGGAGGGCCUGGAAGAGCAAGAAAUAGCCUUUCACUCAGCUUAAUUUUUCUUCUAAAACAAGGCAAGUCAGCCCCUGGAAUCUUGCUGCCAGGCCCUCUGCUCCUCCCAUCCUAAAAAUAGGGGACUUUUUCUUAUACAAUCCAGAGAGAGGAGGGACUGUCAACUGGUGCUGAGGGACCCAGGGGCUGCUGGGAGUCCUUGUUCCUUUCCAGAACCUUCCACCCCUAGAAGAGCACAGAACCUGAGGGGUAGGUUGAGGCCCUAGUCUUUUCUUACACCUCACAGAGGUCUUUUAGCCAAUAUCCCAGGAAAGAACAUACAUCAAAGCUAGAAUGUGAAUAUAACGUUAGUGGACCAAUAAUAAAAUGCAAGAAGCCCAAUGGUGAGAAAAGUGAAUUCUCAACACAGCUUCCUGUUUCCUUCCUCAUGUCCCUCCAGGGAAAACUAUUGCUUCAUUUCUGCCUUUUCCCCCUUCACAUAUGCACUUUGGGGCUUUUUUUUUUUUAACAGCUGGAAAAAAUACCACCCCACAAACCUGUAUUUAAAAAGAAACAGAAAUGACCAUGUGAAAUUUGCCUCUGUCCAAACAUUUCAUCCGUGUGUGUGAAGCCGUCAUUCAUCUUUUUAUAUGGGGUGGUUGUCUCUUCUUGGUCUGUUGGGUCCCCUCCCUCGUGGGCUUGUGCUUGGGAUCAGAUCUUUCUGGCCUGUUAUGAUUCUGAACAUUUGACUUGGACCACAAGUGGAUCUUUCUGGUGACUCAAAUAAAAGUAUAAUUUUUACCU